AGCACAAGUUACACAAGCAAGGAUCAUUUUAUAAUAGGAGCAUUUCACAACUUGUAUAUCAAUUCGCACGCUCAGCACAUGCGUCCGAGAAAGCAAUUCUGUCUUCUCCUUUGGCUGGUACUACAAUAAAAAUGGUCAACCUGAAAUCAUAGAAUAUAAUAGAUCAUCAUUGACGUCCACGCCUCACCUUCCAUUUAUGAGACAGAACGAUCAAAUUGCCUACAUUUGAGUCGACUGACAUCAGGAGUCGCAAGAACAUUUAUCGCUUUAGGCUGAAUAACACGGAACUCCAAAGUAAAGUCAGUAUGUUUGCUUUGACAGUGUAAAUAUCAAUCGCGAGCAGAGAGAGCGAGCGCGUCGAUCUUGAACAACUACAGCGCGCGAAUUUUCUAACGUUGAAUUCUUCAAGUGGAGUAGGACACAGAAAGGAGUUUGUCGUCGCCAUGGAGUUGAAUUCAGUGCUUUUGACUGCGGGUGGCUCUAUUGGAUUUUUUAAACUUGUCAACUGUGGUGUCAGUAAACUCCCUAUUCCCGAUACUGCUUGCAGAAACGCCUGGAAAUGGAGAAAUAUCUGCACAUCUUUCACCCACAGUCUGAUAACUGGGAUAUGGGCUGUACUGUGCUUUUUCGUACACCCACAGAUGGCCGAAGAUUUGAUAGGAACCCAUUCUGUGUUCUCGCACACGUUGGUUUCUGUAUCAAUUGGCUACUUCAUCUAUGACUUCCUUGAUAUGGUGCUCAACCAGAAGAUGAUCCUGUCAUGGGAGCUCCUAUUCCAUCACACAGUGGUGAUCAGCUGUUUCGGCAUCACCGUCCUGACCGGUCGCUACGUGGGCUUUGCUGUGGUGGCCCUCCUGGUUGAGAUCAACUCUGUGUUCCUCCACCUGCGGCAGAUCUUACGCAUGGCCAACCUAGCAGAGGGCAACCUCUACCGCAUCAACAGCAUGGUCAACCUAGGUACCUAUGUGGUGUUCCGGAUCAACACCCUGGCCUGGAUGACCCGCUGGCUGGUCCUGAACCGGGACAACAUCCCCCUGUUCAGCUACACAGCGGGGAGUGUAGGGCUAGCCAUUAUGACCGCCAUGAAUAUAGUGCUCUUCUACCGCCUGCUGAGGUCUGACUUCCUCAAGAGUAGUACACCCACGCCCACAGAUUGUAAAGAGAGUAGAGGGCAAGGAGAGGGAAAGAAGGAGACGUAGGAAGGAAGGGAGGGAGGGAGAAGAGAUAAUGGCAGAGAUUGUAUAAUGGCAGAGAUGGAUAAGAUGUCCUUGAGUAUUCGAGAGGGUGAGCAGGAUGUAUGAACACACGUACGUAUGUACACACACAGGGAGAUACAUAAGACAUCCUGUAGCGAAGCCGGGAGCGCGAGGAUGUCAGUCACAAACAAACACACACACAUAUAAAUACACACUUUGUGGCCAACAGAUCUUGUACCUUACACUUCCCCAUCUCUUCUGUUUUGAGGUACAGGCGUUUACAAUUCACACACACAAGGUCCAUUGAAUGAUAGCCAAAAAGAAGUGACACAUCUAUGAAAUAAUGUGUGUGUAUAUAUGUGUACUGUGUGAGUGUGCAGGAUAAUGUGCUCUACUGUACCUUAGAAAGUUUGGGUUCUCACCCAAUCGGUCGUGUGUGUGUGUAUAUAUAUAGUCAAAAGUUUGGACACACCUACUCAUUCAAGUUUUUUUUUUUAAUUUGUACUAUUUUCUACAUUGUAGAAUAAUAGUGAAGACAU